CUCAUGUAUAAAUAAUAACUCACUCGUUACACAAUACCAAAACACAGACUCUAUUUACUCACAAUAUUACUUGACCCUUCAAGCUGGUUUCCAUUCAAGAGAAAAUACCAUAUCACAAAAAUGAUUAAUCUUCGCAUUCCUAUUCUCGUCUCUUUUAUGUUUUUCCUUGUUUUUAUUUCGUCGUCCCUUUUGUUUGCUACGCCUAUUUUUGCUGCUAGAGUAGGUCACUCUCUGGUACAAGAAGAGGCCACAAAGAUUCCACAAUAUAAUAGGCUUGAGGAGUCGGAGGAACCGGAGAUUCCAGAAGAGCCGGAGGAGCCGGAGAUUCCAGAAGAUCCUGAGGCUCCUGAGGAGCCUGAGGAACCAGAGGAGCUACCAAAGGAGUCAGAAGAAGGGAGUUUUGAAUUCCCCUCGUGGAUCCCAAGCUUCCCUUUUCCCGGUACUAACGGCGGUUUACCAAAGACUGAAAAGACAAAACCUACAAGUGUUAUUUCCGAGGCAACUUCUAGUGGUUCGAACAAGAAGCCAUAGAUCAAUGGAUUGAGAACAUUAAAAGGGAAUCUAUAUACACUGCUAUUGCUUGAAUAAUGAUAAAUAAAAGUAAAUGGUGUAAUAAUAGGCUUGUUUGUGUUUUAUGAAACACGAGAUAGUACUUACGCAUUGUUGCAUUUUCAUGUCAUGUUUGGGUCACUGACGUCUCGAAAUUAAGUCUUUGUACUGAGUCUCUGGUGUAGCUUGUGUGCUUUUCUUGUGGUACAAAAUAUAUGUUUUACGAUUACGUUUUGUAAUUAGUAUCAA